UUGAUACAAACAGCAGCAACACGUUUUUCCCACAAAUUCUAAAUUAUUAAUUGUUAAUAUUUUAAUAUUCCUAAAAGAAAAACUAACUUAAUCCAAACAUGAGUACACAACGUGGUAAUGCAUCAAGAACGCGUGCUCAAAAACAUAAAAAUCGCACAGUGUUCAAGAAUGACUUACAUGACAAGACUCCAAUGCAGCAACGACUCAACUCACUGCACAUUUCCGAGGUGUGCCAGCAUUGUAAGGGUGUUAUAGAAUGGAAAAUCAAAUAUAAGAAAUAUAAGCCUCUAACACAACCAAAAACUUGCACAAAAUGUCUACAAAAGAAAAUACGUAAGGCCUAUCACGUACUUUGCCGUGAAUGUGCUCUGGAAGCACGUGUCUGUGCCAAAUGCCUAAAGAGUGCCGAUGAAGUUGAAAUCGAGCCAGCUAAACCAACACCUGAAGAAGAGUUGAAAUUAAAAGUUGAAAUGGAAAGAUUGAUCAAAUCAUUUCCAGAACGUAAACGCAGGGCAUUCUUACGUUACAUGGACAAAGGUAAAAAGACACAAGAUGAUGAAUUGGAGAAAGACGAAGACAACGAAAAUGGUACCGAUCCAGUUGCUGGCGAAGGAGAAGAUCAUGAUACAGAGGCUGUUAAAAUGCCGAAAGUUAAAUCAAGAGUACCUCACACAAGAGAUGAACUGCUUUUAAAGAUAGAACAGCUGAAGCUCAAAGAUGAUGAUAACUUUGAUGGUUUCGAUUCAGAUGAGGAUUACGAUGACGACGAUGAUGAUGAUGAUGACAGUUUAAGUGGCGCGGAAGAAUAAACUUUAUGGAACUUUAGUGGCUUUGAAUUAAAUUUAGACAGUAAAUAAAAAAAUUAGAGUUAAUAUAUGCAUAUAAAUACAAAAAAGUGUAAUCUUAAACAAUAAAAAAAUUUAAGACUA